AUGCUUCCGCGGGGAGCAGCCAUCGUGCCUGUGGCGAUAGUGUCCAUCUGCGCUGUCGCCCUACUCAUCCUUCAUGGCCAACCUCUCCUCAGCCAUCUCUUGGGUGACAAUGGUCCGAUGAAGAAGCACAUCGACACUGCUAAGGGUCAUCUGGUGGUAGCGAUGGUCAAAGGAAGGGAGGCUCGCAUCAAUUUUCUCUCUCCUGUCUUGCAAAUUCUUGUGGGAGUUACUGCAUUCCUCUCGUCGCUGGUCGCUGCAGACCGUCUUUUCCACUUCUACGUCGCCUUGUACUGGAAGUUCUCCAAGAAACGCCCAGAGGAAGCCUUCGAAGCGAACAACUUGCCAGAUCCAGCUACCUGUCCCGAGGCCUUUCCCAAAGUUGUUGUUCAGAUUCCUAUGUUCAACGAAAAAGAGGUGUGCGAGCAAGUGAUUGACUCAUGUUGCAAGCUGAUAUGGCCGAGAUCGCGCCUGUACAUCCAGAUAUUGGACGAUUCAACCUGCCCCAUCACUCGCAGCAGGGUGGUUAAGAAAGUGGCCGAAAAGGUAGCUCUUGGAAUUCACGUGGAGGAUCGCUGGAGAUCCAAUCGGCAAGGAUAUAAAGCUGGAGCAAUGAUUGAGGCUGAGAAGGCACUUGGAGAUUACGAAUUCACAGCUAUAUUUGAUGCAGACUUCAGCCCAGAGCCUGAAUUCCUUCUUAAGACAAUUCCGUAUCUCAUUGACAAUCCGCGGGCUGCGUUUGUCCAAACACGCUGGGUGUUUGCCAAUGCGGACGAGUCCGUCUUGACUCGAGUCCAAGAGAUUUCACUUAAUUAUCACCUGAAGUGCGAACAGUAUGCCAGAUUUGCAACGGGCAACUUCUUCAAUUUCAAUGGAACGGCUGGAGUAUGGAGGCUCUCUGCAAUCAAGGAUGCAGGCGGCUGGAAUAACAGGACAACUGUUGAGGAUAUGGAUCUUUCUCUACGAGCUUACGUUAGAGGCUGGAAGUUUAUAUUCUUGAAUGACGUAACGUGUGUUAACGAGAUUCCAUCAACAUAUGCAGCUUUCAGGCACCAGCAGCACCGGUGGAGCUGUGGGCCAAUGCAACUCUGGAGAAAAGCUAUGGAUCAAGUCUGGGAAUCUGAGAUCCCACUUGUUCAAAAGAUUUACCUGAAUUGCUUCUUCUUUGGAACAAGGUUGUUCGCCACCCAUAUUGUGUCCUUUAUAUUCUACUGCACAUUGGUACCGAUCUGUGUGGUGGCUCCUGAAGUGACGAUCCCAUUUUGGGCUUUGGUUUAUGUGCCCAUCCUGGUGACUAUCUCAACAGUGGCUUUCACUCCAAGGUCGUGGCUGUACGCUGUGCCAUUUGUUCUAUUUGAGAAUGCCAUGAGCAUUGUCAAGUUCUCCGCAAUGGUCUCUGGAAUCCUGGGCCUAUCUACGGCUCAUUCAUGGGUUGUAACCCAGAAGCUUGGGAACUGGGUCCAGACUGAUGCAGCAACUGCAAAGACAGGGCUGGCGAAGUAUUUGGGAAAAGCUGGAGCCAUUCCACAUAGUCUGAGUCUCCCAGUCAUUUCUGAAGGCCUGGUGAAGCAAGGAGCGGAUAAAGCCCAGCCCAAGAAUUCUAAGAGCUCUUGGUUCAACCGCACAAUAUACAAGAGGGAAUUGGGUAUGGCUGCCUUUAUUUUCGGUGCGGGGAUGUACGCGAUCUUUGUGGAAGACCGCUGGGAUUACUCUAUCUUCCUCUUUCUCCAAAGCAUUGCGUUCGCCAUGUUUGGCUUGAACUUUGUGGACAGGAUGAAUUGA